CCGGAUUCCGGAUGACGCCGCCAAGGAAUAUCACGUGUUGGAAAGUCUCCGUCCAUAACUCCGCAUCAAAGCGAUUUCUCCAAAAAAUCCGGAGGGGUUUGGCUUGAUCAAUUAUGGUGCCAGCUCCGUUCACAAUGUUGGGGCGAUGCCUCUCACGAGGUGUCGCACCUCGGAUACCCAGCUACAUUAUCAGAGAGCGUACUCCAGCAGUGCGGAGAUGCCUGUCUGGGAGCCCAGUUUGGCGGCAACAAGCCGCGUCGGCGGCGCCAUUCAAUAGCCCUCAAUCAGUUAAAAGAAAUACCUCUACAAUGUACUAUACCAUUAGCAUAAUCAUCGGAACUGUUGCUCUGGCUUAUGGUUCCGUACCUCUCUAUAAGAUGAUUUGCCAGCAGACCGGCUGGAAUGGUCAACCGGUUUCCACUCACCGCGUCGGUGAUGGCGAUACCUCGUCCCGCGUCCAGCCCGUCACAGAUGCUCGACGUCUUCGAAUUACAUUCAACGGAACCGUUUCUGAUGUCCUCCCAUGGAAGUUCACGCCGCAGCAACGAGAAGUUCGUGUGCUUCCCGGCGAGACGGCUCUUGCCUUCUAUACGGCGACGAACAAGGGUCCUGCGGAUAUCAUCGGAGUUGCAACGUACAGUGUGACACCUGCCCAGGUCGCGCCGUACUUCAGCAAGAUUCAAUGUUUCUGCUUCGAGGAACAGAAACUAAAUGCGGGAGAAUCCGUUGAUAUGCCGGUUUUCUUCUUCAUUGACCCGGAUUUCGUAAAAGAUCCGUCCAUGAAGGGAAUUGAUACCAUUACUCUAUCCUAUACCUUUUUCAAGGCCCGAUAUGAUGACAAUGGAGUCCUGAAGCCGACUCCCGGUAGCUGAGGCACAAGUAUUAUGCUCAGUUAAUCGGCAGAUCGUAUCAUUGGAACGGGCAGAUGCUCAUGGUUAGCGCGGCAGCCCAUCGUAGGCAUCAUGGCUGGAACUAACAGCUCAGAACCUGGGCAAAAGCCAUGGUCCCAUU